AAACUGACUAUAAAGCACAGUAUGCUAUAACAGAAAACUAUUGCAAAAAAAAACAAAAGUUACAAGAUGGCACUAUUGAAGAGUCAUUUAAAAAAAAUUUUAAAGACUCUUUUACCUCAACAAUGGUUAAUAUUAAUAAUACGAGACUUCAGAAUAUAUUUGCUACAUGGAUUAUUAAUUGUCAAUGCCCUCUUGUAAUAAUUGAGGAUCCUGAAUUUAUUAAAAUUAUCCAGUAUUUAAAUCUCAAGGCACAAAUUAUUAAAGCAGAUGCAAUUAAGAAC